GAAGGUAUAAUAGCUGCCCCCCCAUGGGGGCUUCACAGCGAUUGGAGCUUCUCCACCGUCCGAUCUUCCUGGCAGGGUAAUCUCGGCCGUUGAUUUCUGGCUCAAUUCUGCUAGCUAACCCCAUGCAACGGCCAAUUGUUACCCGCCUCCGGCUGCCAUGUGGGCCCCACCUUUGUCGGCCCCGCACGUCAGCGACCGUGGCUGGGAUCUCUGUCGGUGCACAUUGGCGUCGGCCAGGGAUCUCCACCCCGCAGGGGAAUUUUCGAUAUUUCAGCGGUAUAGGUAUAAAAGGCAGCAUCCCACGGAGGGAAACCCUAGCCGCCGGCCCGCCAAUCGCCUCGCGUGCUCGUCUUCCCCAAUCCCCUCCCGAGCCUCUCCUCCCAAAUCCCCUCGCGAUCUCCUCGCCCAAUCGCUCGCGCCCGCCUCCCACCGGCGGAGGAGCGGCGCCGUCAUGGUCGCCGGCGGAGCCUCGGCGCGGCGGCGGGCCACAACCACCGUCACCAACCACCGCCCGCUGCUCGCACCACCCGCCGCGCGCCAUACUUCCCCGGGGGAACAGUUGGUAGAGCUCCGUGGACGGCAGAUGCAGGCUGAUAACCUGAACCUCAUGCCACGGCCAAGCUCAUAUGGAACACAGGUGCCCAAGAUCUAUUCUCCUUCUCCCCUUUGUAUUCCUAAUCCUCCCCGUCGCCCUUGGUGCCGCCGAGGCCGCCGCUCCUCCUCCUCUCUUCGCGCGCAUCUCGCUCCGUCCCGGCAUGUCUUCGUCGUCAAGCUCCCUUCAACACAGUUGCCGAGGGGGUGGAGGAGGAAGCCCUCCGUGGGGGCGCUGGUGUUGGAGACGACGACAGGGUUUGGAGCAGCGGAGGAUUUCCUUCCUCUGCCAGCUCGGAAUCCGGCGACCAUGUUACACAGGUACAACUCCACGGAGGAGUGCAGACUGUUGUUUCCUCAAAGAAGAAUGAGGAUGUCGAACCAAGGUGUACUGCCCCGCUCAUUUGCUUAUAAGAUGUUUCCUGACCAUCAUUGUGUGUCAACCAGAGCAUUAAGCACAGUAAAGCUUGAGUAAACGAUUUGAGGCAGGGUCGCAGUGUGCGGUUGUAGAAAGCUCGGGAAGCUCAGGCUCAUCAGGAUGUGCAUAGAAAGAAGAAGAAACCUAAAUCAGAAACAGCAGCUCAUGGCAAAAGUCAUCUCUUUAAUCUUGAUGAACUAAGUCACUACUUGAAGAUUCGGAAGGAGGCAAAAUCCAGAUCUAGACUUGAGUGACACUUGGAGUCCGGAGAUAUGGCACCAACGGUGAUUCUUUCCAUUGACAAGUGAGGACUAGAUAUUUUUCCUUACUAGGUAUCUUAUAGAGUUAUUUGGCAAUGGAUAUCUUCAUUUAGUUUAGUUACUAAAGAGGUGACCAUUUUUUUACGUAUAAUUAUUCGUGCAACUUUGGUGGCAACUGAGAAGUGGCACUAAUAUACCUUUGCCAUUGUCCGCGAUCUGCUGGUUGGUAGCAGCCUGUUCCUAGCAUGUUACAUGUGCAGUGGUGCACAUUUGUGGUUCAUUCUUUCACUUUAAUUCUCAUAUAUUUGGGGUUAUCCUUCCUUAACGAUGAAAUAGUUUGUUGCCCAUAUUUGUAGUCUGAAGUGUUACAGCCAUUAGUAGUAUGUGCUUUUUAAUGGUGCAUAUAAACUCAUUUUAUAGUUUAUUGGAGCCUUGUAUGAUUUAAUCUAAAACCCCGUUAGGUUUUUUAUUUUACUUGUUUUGUCUCAAUCGUAUACAACGUAAUGGAAAAUUCCCUAAAUGACACUGGCACAAAUAUAGACAUCCAUUACUAUAGCUACAACAUAUAAUGUAGACAAAUUAAUCGGUAAUCAGCAUACAUCUAUAAGUAUUUGUUGCCCAAAGAAAGUAUGGUAACAACCUACCAUCAAGAUGUAGUUUCUCGGGUUGUGCAGUGCCCAUACAAUAAAUUAAUUUUUAGUGGCUAGAUUAGAAACCCAGUUCGACGAAUCGAAUAUGGAAAAGAAUUGCACCGGUCGUCUUAAGUGAAAGCUUUGGAUAGCUAGGUGUGAGAUUAGCUUUGAUCGAAUCAAGUCUUUUCUUGCUAUUUUUCUGGAAACAAAUAAGAUGGCAUAAAAGUCAAGGGAAGUUCAGACACAUUUCUAGAAGGUGAUGCACGAGAUUAGUAACCAGGCAUUAUUCAGUUCUUGCUUCUCUUUUUUUAUUGAACGAAGUUCUUGCUUCUCUGAUAGUGAGAUUGACAAAAUUCAAGACAGUUAUUUGUGUGCUCUUUUGGCUUUGUUAUUUACUGCUUACACCAAGGAAUCUGUUUUGAGAGAAUCUGGUGCACAUGUAGUUUUUGAAAAGUUACUGAGUAGCUUCAGAUGGAAUGUUGUCCCGAAUUAUAAUUAAUUUAGUAGCUUCAGAGGGAAUGUUGUGCUUUCAUUGAGUUGGCUUAUAAUUGUAGUUACAUGUGCAACUCCAUCCUCAUUGACAUUCAGCACCCCUCACUAAUCUUAAUCAACGAAUUGUGCUUUUUGGUUGUGAUUUUGCCUCAUCCCCUGGACUCCAGAAUAUGAGUACAUGGAUAUAUGUCGGACCUUAUCAGUGUGUAGUGCUUACGAUGUAGUAUGCAUUUCAUUUCUCAUCUAUUUGCAUUGUUACAAGGAUUGUUAUCUUGUUGUCUUGAUGAUGUGGGAUCUAUGGUAGCUUGGAGGACUACAGGCAGGCAAUACCUGACUACCUCCUAAAGCUGGUUGUAGAGCUAUUGCAGCUACAGGAGUGCAGGUUAAAAUCGGAAUUUACUCAACUGUCAAUUAUUUCUUUAUAAAUUUGGAGCUGCUACGGUAAUUGUGAAAAAUGGACGGAUUGCAUCAGCAGCGGCGGCCACCUGGGGCAGCCCGCAUCCCGCGAGAAGCGUCCUGGAGGACGAGCAGGCGAGGAUAUACCGGCUGUCUUCCCUCCUCUUCGUCCCUCCCCAACUGGAGGUUGGACAAUAAGUAUUCUUUUGAACCGUCCAAGUAUGUGGACUUGUAUACCAUGGUCCAAGAAGUUCAAAAUAAAACUGCAAAAGGUUCAUCGAGCUGCAAAAAUGGACUUCUACGGCUCACCACUUUCUCCUGCAUAAUUUUUCACGUUCAAUUCUAGCUUAAUUAGCAUCCUGGGUAUUGGAGUUGUACUUAAAUCAUAUUUUUCGUCUGUCAGGGCUAUGGACCCUGUUUUUUGUAGCUCCUUUUCAUUAGCUAAUAAUUAUUUGUAUUUACUAAAAUGAAACAUAUCCUUGGUCA